UGAAGGCUCCGGGGCAACCAUAGGGAUGAGGCAGAAAUCAGCGACAGCAUACAAGUCCGACGACAUGGCGGUGGAAGAAUUAAUGACGGCGUGACCAAACUUGGACAGCAACCAUGACCUCAGUGCAGUCCCGCAUACAUGCCUUUGAAUCGUUGUCCAAGACGUCCUCGUCACCGUCACCACCGUCGGCAUCGCUCAUCGACCUCAAAGACUGGGUCGUCGACGUCACGCCCAUCGUCGACGUCGCCCCCCCUCUACCUCCCCGCAACAACUCCAAGAGCCUCAAGCUCCCAGUAAUGCACACAUAUCCACCAAAACAUACCUCAGCGUCGUCCAUUUCGUCCUUCCAUUCUGUCUCUCUCGACGGCCAGACAUCGACCGACGGCGACUCCAUAGACGACUCGUCAUAUGAAAAUGUGUCUCCAGUACGAUUGACGCCACCAAAGCUUCCCAAAAGACCACCAUCAGCAUCAUCGACAUUGACAACAAGCACAACGUCAAGUACACGCCGACCUCCGCCGCCGCCUCCUGCAUCAUCAUCACGCUCUUCCAUUACAUCCACACGACCGUCGUCUCGUGCGUCAUCAACCUCCUUAGGCCCUUCUCUUACCCGUCCCACUCCCAUACCACCGACCGCCCGUGCUCGCUAUAUCUCUGUUUUUGACCUUAAUAUCUCACAACGAAAACUGGCACGCCAGCAGCGUAAAGCAAAGCCACCGCCAACAUUACCAUUCCUCUCACCACGCAAGUCGCGGCAGGCUGCUGGGUGGCGUGGACUAUCCGUUGAUCUCAUAACGGGCGUAGAUGACCUGCCUGCCGCCGAGUCUGACUCAGAAGACGAUUCCCCAUUUACUCUCCCACCACAUAUAGUAAAACGUAUAUGGAGAAAAUCCUGUUUGGAGGAUAUCAAGUUGGCGCAAAUAUGGUGCGCAUCGUGAUUUCAUUUCCUUCCGUGGUCGCCCCACUCAUGAGAGCUCAGGGUGGAAUGUACUCAGGGCCAUCUUAGAUCGCAACCUGGUCUAACGAAAGACGAGUUUGUCAGCGGAAUGUGGAAGAUUGAUGAAGAACUGCGUAGACGGAGUAAUCCCGCAAAAGGACG